AUGGGCUUGCGUCCAUCGUAUGACACAGGAAAGAGACAGAGGGGAGAGCCCUCAAAGUUCCCAUUGCGUGCAAUCCCACACCCAAGAACAAGAACUGUAAUGGAUUCUCCUCAAAUUGAAUUGAUCGGUUGUAUACCAAUUAGGAGUCCUAGUAAGAAAGAGGACAGGCAAAGGUUAAUUUUGAUGGGGCUGUUUUCUGAGAUAUUGAAGCAUCAGGCAUGUGCCCUCAUCAAAAACUGUCAGAGACGAACCAAUGUUCCUUCAGACUGUCAAGCCAGGGUCUUUUGCCAAGAUGCAAAGCAUGAGAUUGCUCAAAUAUUUUGCAUAGGUGCUGUUCAUCCUUGUCAUUUUACUUUCUGGUGUCAUCUUAUUUGUUGA